AUGUUAAAGUUUAAUUAUAUAAUUAAAAAUGUCAUAUAAAUAAUUGAAAAUAGUUUUCAAAAAAUUAUUAAGAGAAUUUCACCAAAUUCAGUAGUGAUUGAAUUUAAAUAUUAUUUUUCAGAGUAUAAGUCGAUCAAGUAAAUUGUUAUAGAAAUGAAUUUAGUAUAAUUUACAAGGGUGAAAAGCCCUUUGAAUUAGAAGAAGCUGCUUUGUACUUUAAGAUUAAAAAUUAUGCAGAUUAGAUGAUUAAAAGUUUGAAUGAAAAAGAUUAAAAUACAAUUAAAAAAUUGCUUAAGUCGAUAAAACCAAGACUUUAUUUAGGGAAUCAAUUCGAUUAACUUUUAUCAAUCUAAAGAAUUAAAUUUGAAAUCUAUGAUUAUGUCAAAAUUUAAGAAAGCUCUUUAGAAAUAGAACAUGGAAUAGUAUAUUUAAUAAUACUCUGGGUAUUUUAAAAUACAAAUUUAGAAAAUUGAAGAUAUUACCACUAGAGGUUCUUUGGAUGAUGCUUUUCAUAUAUUUGAAUAGAAUGUUUAAUGGGCUGAAAAAGCUAAGAUUAUCUACAAAUCAAUUUCUGGAUCAGAAAUAUAAAUUAUUGAUAUAGCAAGAUAAAAAAAAUGGUAAAAAGUAGAUCAUUAUAGACAAAAGCCUGAUUCUCAAGAAAAUAAAGAUUUUUAAAAAAUAAUAAAUGGCAAGAACACUCCAUUUACCAUUAUUUUUAAUAAAUGGGGAAAAAUUGUUUAUUUAAAACCACUAAAAAAGUAAGAUUUGAAAAAAGAAAUAAAUGAAUAUAUUUAAGCAAAUAAAGAUGAAGAUUUUAACAACAAUAAUAUUAGUUGA